GUUCUACCAUCUGCUAGGAAACUCUUGUAUCCUGAGAAACCUGCCAACUGCGCGCGCCUUCAAGGGCAACAAAAACACCCUCUUCUUUGUUCGUUGCUCGACAAUUCUGUGCCGUCGGAGCAGUUACGUUCGUUUCCAACCCACCACAUCUCUUUAACCCCCUGCACCUAUCGACCUCGACAUCUUUAUUCUGCGCCUCCUAGAAUCCCCUCCCUUUCAAGUUGGCAGAAGCUGGUCUCUGUCUUUCCUGCCGGCCAGAAAGGAGUACGACUUUGUGCACGGCCUUACCACGAACUCUACCUGAUUGUCAUUGCGAGGCCUUUUUCGCUCUGCAAGAUCACGAACGAUCUCUUCCUUUGACCCUGUCGGCGUCUUAUCCUCUCUCUCUCCCGGCCUCCUUACUAUUUUCAACCACCUGUUCGCCUAAUCUGCACUGCUUACGCCCUCAUCGGUCGGCCUCCUCCACACACCGUUCCUCAAAACUGCGGCCGGCCCUAAGACGUUCUUCCUUCCAGAGCCUCGACUCUCAAAUCGACUCAGCCCUCCUCUCGUCCAUCUCUCUAGCCGAACAAAUACUGUUCUUCCACCCGGCUCACAGUGUUGGCGAUCGAUCUCCUUGACGACGAGUCGGUCGCCAUCUUAUAAUGUCGUCCCACAGCAACAGCAGCUCCUCAUCCCCUCCACGAGUCCCUCCUCAUAUUCGUCUCAAUUCAGGUCAAGAAGACUUACUCAAUGCCGAUGCGAGCAACUCCUCGAGGACUCUGGUCCCGACUACCUCGAGACCGACCACGUCCCGGUCACAGUUAAACAAUGUCUACCCCUCGGACCAAGUCCAGGACUCGGCAGAGAGACUAUUACCACCGGUCACUGGCCGCUCAAACAGAUUCAGAGAUGAUGGUUCACCGCUGAGGUCCCCCGUCCGCUCGAGCUAUUCUUCUCGCCGGUCAAGUUGGGAGUCAGAUCGGAGCAGGGAUAGUAGAGGUUUCGAGAACCCGUUCAGAGACUCCAGUCAAUCAAGACCAGGUUCAAGAGCCGGCAGCGAUGACAACGACGUCAAUACCCAGACGGUGUCAGAAAAAUAUAACAUUCUACCUUCUGCGGGACUCCUUCUAUUCCCAGAAGAUGUCGAAAAGGACGACUACCUGCACAACCCUGAUCCCAAUGACAAAGACCGGGACUGUGAUAUAUUCAACAGAAGAGGCUUGGUCAACGUCGGUGGCCUCGCUCUGAUUACGAUAGGCAUAUUGGUCCUGUUUGUGGGAUAUCCUGUUUUAACAUUCGUUCAAAAGAUAACGGCGACGCCAAACCCUUGCGCAGGCACCAAUGCUUGCAUAGGAAAUGGCAAAGUUCCAUUACUGAAGAAUAUGCGCACUAGUCUUAUCGAUCCCGACACCCCUGACUCCGUCAAGACAAAGAAAGAUUUCCACGGCAAUACGUGGAAUUUGGUCUUUUCGGACGAGUUCUCCACACCAGGACGGACGUUCUACGACGGAGAUGAUCCGUAUUGGACUGCGGUGGACAUCUGGUAUGGUGUGACGAGGGAUUUGGAAUGGUACGAUCCUGAUGCGGCUACCACGAAUGAUGGUGUGUUGGAACUGCGCUUUGAUGCUUUUCAGAACCAUGGCUUGAACUAUCGCUCUGGCAUGUUGCAGUCUUGGAAUCAGAUGUGCUUCAAGGGCGGCAGGUUGGAGGCCAGUAUCUCUCUUCCCGGACGUGGUGACACAGUCGGCUUCUGGCCCGGCUUUUGGUCGAUGGGUAACCUUGGAAGACCCGGUUACGCCGCUACAACCGACGGCUUGUGGCCGUACUCGUACGCAGAUAUUUGCGACGCUGGCAUCACCGCAAACCAGAGCUCUCCUGAUGGCAUCAGCUACCUUCCUGGCAUGAGGCUCCCAGCCUGCACAUGUUCUGGCGAGGACCAUCCGACUCCUGGAAAAUCUCGAUCUGCCCCCGAAAUUGAUGUGCUGGAAGCAAGCGUGGGCACUUUGGAUAGCGAAGGCAACCAGAUCGGCAUGGUCUCUCAAUCCUUCCAGGUGGCACCCUUCGACAUCUGGUACCAGCCCAAUUACGACUUUGUGGAGGUCUUCGAUUUCUCGGUCACGGCCAUGAACACAUACAAAGGUGGGCCUUUCCAGCAAGCCGUUUCGGGUUUGUCAAAUCUGAACAAUGCAUGGUAUGAUGGGAACGCUUAUCAAGUCUACGCCUUUGAAUACACCCCCGGCGCCGAUGGCGAUAUUACCUGGUUUGUUGGCGCGGAUCCUGUCUGGCGUAUGGAAGGUCAAGCGUUGGGCCCCAACGGUAACGUUGGUCAAAGAAUUGUGCCCGAAGAGCCAAUGUCGGUCAUUGUCAACUUCGGCAUGUCGCCCGGUUUCUCUGCUCUGAAUUUGACUGGAUUAGCGCCUCUCAUGCCAGCUACCAUGCGAGUCGACUACAUCCGCAUCUAUCAAGACGACAACGGCAAAAUGAGCUGCGAUCCUGAAGGAUAUGAGACGACCGAAUAUAUCAACAAUCAUUACGAGGUGUAUCACAACCCGAACGUCACGAGCUGGUCUGAUACUGGCUACUCGUGGCCAAAGAACUCGCUGGUAUCCGGAUGUUAAUUCUAAUCAUAAUGUUUCUUCGAAAUCAUUUCCAGCUGCCGGUCUCUGUCGGCGUGUACAGACAUCUGUUUGGUCCUUCAGCAUUUAGCGGCAUGGCAAGUCAACACAACGGCGUUUCAUCAAGGUCAUUUUGGUUCGGGAGGCGGAUUUGGCACUAUACGGGACUGCCUGAUUUGCGGGUAUGGGCUGCAAAAAAAUCUUGUCUAAAAUUUUACGACUGAAGUAAGGGGAAAUGAUGAACCUUUUCCCGGUAUAUUCGGCGCCUUGAACAACUUAGAAGGGGGUGGGAGUUCUUGACCAACACCCGAAGAGGACAGAUAUGGGAAGCGAUAUGUGUGGCAUGAAUGCAUUGCGGUUGAGUUCGGCGAUGCCAUAUGAGAGCACAGGGAGUUCGAAGGAGGUGAGGUGGAUGUCUAAAUAUUCUGUGCCUUGCCCCAAUGGCUCGUGGACGAUCAAAGGGCCAGGACAUUACUGUGAACGCAAGCACAUUUGAACACAUAUCUCCUUCAUCUUGACUCUCGAAACCUAACUUGAACUUUUG